AAGCAAUGCUGUCGAAAUCACAUGAUCCGCUUUUCAGCUUGCAUGCAGUUGGUGUUAAAAUGUUUCCAGCAUCACAAACUGUCAACUGCGUACAUUGUGACAAUUCUUCCAGAAAAUACACAUGUCCCUCGGCUCUUUAGUAACUAGCUAGCGGUAUAUUUUAUGACAUCGUGGCUCAGUCACGUUUGCGCAGAACUUAGCAUUUAGUGGUAACUAGCUGUACCCUUGCAACUGUUAUUGUUGCUUGGAUCCAAAAGUGACAGGCAGAAAGAACGAAAGUGCGAGGGGGACUGCGAAUUAGCUGGGUUAGCUAGCUACUAGUAGGGCUGAAGCCAAGCGAGGCCUGACUGAGCGAGAGGAUCGUGUUCCCUUCCGACAGAAACACGGCGAAAUCAUGGCCAACAUCGCGGUUCAAAGGAUAAAACGGGAAUUUAAAGAGGUUCUCAAAAGCGAGGAGACGAGUAGAAACCAGAUAAAGGUGGACCUAGUGGAUGAGAACUUCACAGAGCUGAAGGGGGAGAUUGCAGGGCCACCUGACACGCCGUAUGAAGGUGGCAGAUAUCAACUAGAAAUUAAAAUUCCAGAAACAUAUCCCUUCAAUCCACCAAAGGUGCGAUUUAUCACAAAGAUCUGGCAUCCCAACAUCAGCUCAGUCACAGGUGCUAUAUGUCUGGACAUCCUCAAAGACCAGUGGGCGGCAGCUAUGACGCUGAGGACAGUGCUGUUGUCACUACAGGCCUUACUGGCAGCUGCAGAGCCAGAUGACCCACAGGACGCUGUGGUGGCCAAUCAGUAUAAGCAGAACCCAGAGAUGUUCAAACAGACGGCCAGACUCUGGUCUCAUGUGUAUGCUGGCGCCCCCUCCUCCAGCCCAGAGUACACACGCAAAAUAGACAAACUCUGUGCCAUGGGCUUUGACAAAAAUGCAGUAAUAGUGGCGUUGUCGUCGAAAUCCUGGGAUGUGGAGACAGCAACAGAGCUACUGCUCAGUAACUGAGUCUCAAUGCCCCCAUCUGACCCCUCUCCUUCAGUCUCCCUCCAUCUGAAGCCCUUUUCUCUGCUGUCCCUCUGACCCCUCACCCCUCUUAUCUACCUGUUGGAUACCCCCUUUCAACCUCCUGGCAUUUCUCCCAUUGUCAACAUCUCUGUACCACUCUCCUCCAUCUUCCCUGCCAUCUUCAUGUUGGCACUGUUCCCUGCCAUCAUUUCACAUACCUCAAUCAAAUGACUCCUUCCCUUAGGCCAUGUGCCUCUCUACUCAUGCUAUUCAUGUCCAUUACCAUCCCAACUCCUUCAGUCGCUGGCUUUGUCUCAACAUUCUCCACCGGCGUCCUAUGACGUAUACAAUCCUUUUACAUCAGUUAUGACCUUGAAGAAAGUAAGGAAGUGUUGUAAGAUUGUUUGAACAGAGAAAUCUCCACCAUUUUGGCACUUACCACAUCACUGAUGUUUCCUAGCACUUGCAGUAUCCACAUGAUGUGUCAACUGGCUUAGUCUUACCAUCCUAAACUCUCCAUCCCAUCAGCAGGGAGCCCCACCCCUCUCAACCCUGUCAUGACUAUCAUCAUCACUCUUUCUUCUUCCCCCUUUUUUUAUCUGGUUCUGGCCUCCUACAGGAAGACGAUUAGAUUCCCGUUUUUAAAAAGAGAAAGAAAACAAAAAACAGAAACGCUCAGCGCACUGUUUACCGAUAACGCUACUCAAGCAAAUUUAAGACUGGGAGUUAAAAAAUAAUAAAGUGGUUUGAAAGAUAUCGCAUCCACUGAACAACGCCAACAGAGGUUUAAAAAACAACAACCUGUCAAAAGAAUUCAUCUGUAAAUAAAGCUAUUAAAGUCUGUGUAAAUUAA